UGAGGAUGGUGAGGCUCCACCAUUCUACUUGUAGAGUGUCGAUAAUUUAUGGCGGUGAUAGGCUGCAUCGAUCCCAACGCGUAGUGCGUACGACGGAUCCAGCAACGACCCUCUCAAACUUUUAUCUCAAAUGUUUUGGUUUUGCUGUGUCAGUAGCAUUUGGGUGUCCAUAUAUGAAGCUAACAGAAUAUUCUAUUGGGCAAGUAGUUUAUGUUGCCUAAUUAUAUGAUGAAAUAUCUUAUGAAUGAGAAUCGGACAACAUAAAAAAUCCAUUGUCACCGAGUGGUAAACAAGUUAUAUAGAAAGGCAUUUUCAACUUUCUCCCUUAGAAGUCAUUCAAGAAAACAAGUUCUGAGCUUGAGAUGGAUUUCUGCAACUUUUUGCUCUGCCUUCUUGUAAUCUGGAUCUCAAGACAAGCUUUGCUUUAUUUUGUCCGAAGCAAAAGGCUGCCACCAGGACCUAAACCUCUUCCAAUCAUUGGAAACUUGCUGGAGCUUGGAGAGAAACCACACAAAUCGCUUGCUAAGCUUUCCAAGCGUUUUGGUCCAAUAAUGAGUUUGAAACUCGGCCAAGUGACAACCAUUGUAGUUUCUUCAGCUAGCAUGGCCAAAGAAGUCCUUCAGACCCAUGACCAGUUCUUCUCCAACCGGACCAUCCCAGAUUCACUCAAGGCCUGCAAACACGACGAGUUUUGCUUGCCUUUCUUACCAGUUUCAACCAGGUGGAAAAAUCUUCGGAAAAUUUGCAACACCUAUUUGUUUUCUGGUAAAGUUCUCAAUGGCAACCAAAACCUGAGGAAUAAGAAAGUCGAAGAGCUACUUGCUAAUGUCACUGAAACCAUGAGUAAAGGUGAGGCUUUAGAUAUUGGAAGAGCAGCCUUCAAAACUACACUGAAUCUGUUAUCCACCACCAUUUUUUCCCUUGAUUUGGCUGACCCAAUUGGUGAUAACGCCAGAGAGCUCAAAGGCACUGUUUGGGGUAUCUUGGAAGAGGUUGGAACACCUAACUUGGCAGAUUAUUUCCCAUUCCUUAAAAAGAUUGACCCACAAGGCAUAAGAAAGCGCAGUACGAUCCACCUUGCAAAGUUGAUACAGCUCUUCAAUCAAAUUAUCAACAAAAGGUUGCAAUUUAGAAGAAAAAUGCCUGGUUCAAUAUCGGAUAGUGAUAUGUUAGAUACCCUUGUCAACAUCAGUGAACAGAAUUGCGAGGACAUGGACAAAACCAGAAUCGGAAGGUUGUUUGUGGAUCUAUUUGUUGCUGGUACGGAUACAACUUCAGCAACGGUGGAGUGGGCAAUGGCUGAGCUACUAAGCAACCCAGAGAUCUUAUCCAAAGCAAAAGCAGAGCUUGACCAAGUUAUUGGAAAAGGAAACCAAGUCAAGGAAUCAGAUACUGCUAAGCUACCUUAUUUACAAGCAAUAAUCAAAGAAACUUUCCGUUUGCACCCUGCGGUACCAUUGUUGCUUCCACGUAGAGCUGAAGCAGAUGUGGAAAUUAGCGGCUUCACUGUUCCAAAGGGCGCUCAAAUUCUAGUCAAUGCAUGGGCCAUAGGCAGAGACUCGAGCAUGUGGGAGAAUCCAAACUCGUUCAAGCCGGAGAGGUUUCUGGGAUCGGACAUUGAUGUUAGAGGUCAGAGCUUCGAGCUUAUACCCUUCGGUAGUGGUAGGCGAAUAUGUCCGGGUCUUCCUUUGGCAAUGCGAAUGUUGUACUUGAUUUUGGGUUCUCUUAUCCACUCCUUUGCUUGGGAGCUUGAAGAUGAAAAAAUCACCAUGGAUGACAAAUUCGGGCUCACCUUACAGCUUGCUCAGCCUCUGCGAGCUCUCCCAAGUUCCCUACCACCAGCAUAUAAAAAACUUCGAUGUGAAUCCUAAAGGAGGAUGCGUUUAAGUCUACCUCUAGAUCUUUUCCUCAUGUAUUGUUUUCUUUAAAGCCUAAUGUAUAAUAAAGCAGGUGUUUUGGUGUUUUACCUA